GAGGGCCCCAUGUUUCUCCCUCUUGCCUGCUUGCUUGCUUGCUCGACCACGCUGUUGCUGCUGCUCUCCGCCGCGCACAUCCACCCUCGUCUCCGCCCGUCAGCAUCGCCCGCAUCAUCACACUCGCUUGCCCGUCUCGUCUCCACGCUGGACUCGUGAUCGCCGUCGUUAACCGUCUUUCUUUCUCUCGUUUACCACACCUUGACGCGCUGCCGCAUACCACUCGCCCGAGACCUGGCCACUCGCUCGCUUGCCUGCUCAAACUUGGGUCCGGGGCCGCUGCUGAGCACGAACGGGGAUAAGCUGGACGGCGCGCCUGCGCUGAUCGCCUGGCAGGGCAAGACAGGCGGUGCGGAAGCACAACGGCCAACCGCCCGCAUACUUCGUUGCCAAACUGCCGCGAGCGUGGAGCAACGGAGACUCACAUACCUGCCCGCCUUGCCUGCGUGAUCGUGCUUGAGCCAGGCCUGGCGUCCAGCCUGGCCGUUGCAUGGACAUGGCCUUCGUCGCGCCUCCCUCCGGCCACCAGCAGCAGCAGCAACAGCAGCACCGGCAUCUGCACCACCACCACCAUCCCGCCGCCUUCCAUCCCUAUGUCGACGGCAGCGGGCAGCUGCCGCAGCAACACCACCAUCAGUACGGCGUGAACGGGAACCCGUCCAUGCCGCCGCAGAUGACGUGCGACAUCAAGCCGCGCCUGACCAAGGAGCAGCACGACAUCUUGGAGUCGCAUUUUCAGAAGCAGAACAAGCCGAGCACCAACACGAAGAAGGGCUUUGCUGAGACGCUCAAUGUCUCGCUGGACAAGAUCAAUAAUUGGUUUCAGAAUCGCCGCGCGAAGUCGAAGCAAGAUGCGAAGAAGCAGGCGGGCGCGUACAACUUGUACGCGCAGCAAUGUCAGCAGCAGCAGCCGUCCGAUCAGCAGUCGAAUGCCUUUAAUUCCGACUCCGACACAUCGCCCGCCUUCACGCCGCCCGAAUACUUCACGAUGAUGCAGCAAUGCGCUUCCGACGGACAGAUACCCACCACCGCCUUCCAUCCGCCGCCAUACCAAGAGCAGAUGCCAUCGAGCACCAUGCCCAACGGGCUGCCCUAUGCUGGCAUCUCUGCUCCGAAUGAGCCCUUCGCCAACGGACUCAUGCCACCGCAGUCUAUGUCCCAGGACAUGUUUGACAGUCCGCAGGAGCUGAAUCGUAGGACGCUCACCCAAGAGCAGUUCGACGCGUUUACCCAUCAUGGCGGCCUGAUGCCAUCGGCUGUGCAAUACUCGGGCUUGCCUCAGACGUUCCCUGGCAGUUCGGAUGCUCUGGAAGCGGCUUACACCGGCAUGGAUCAUGACGACUUCAAAGACGGGGAACUGGUAUUCACUGAUCACACUGGUGCCUCUCUGUCGAGCAAUGAUUCGAGCAUACCAUCUACCAUGUCAGAACACUCCAUGUUUCCGUCGUCUCUCAUGCACGAUGGCACUGCUCUGUCGGAAAGUUCCUCCGACUGGGCUGAUAGUCGCAGCUCUUCUGUUUCCCUGGCACCGCAUAGUGGAUCUGACAGCCCGUUCCAGCCCGUGCCGGCUCAGCAAUCAUCGAGCUCAGGUCAAUGGCAGCCUGGCCAGUCGAUUCCUGUGGACCCGACCGAACUCCAACAGCAAUUUCAAGAGGCUCAACGCCUGGCCCAGCAGCAGCAACAACAGCAAUCGGAGCAACCUCUGGCAUGGCCUUCGGAAGAGGCGCUCGUUCGAAGGGACUCUCAGACUGGCACAGUGCUCGCACAGCAGAUGAGCUCGUUUGCCAUCCAGACUCCCCAGCCGCAACAGAACGCGACCUUCAAAUCACCUCCGCCUCCUCAGGGCAAUGGAGGCAGUUUGGCUGCCAGACGCCAACGGCCGCGGCCAGCAGCACUAGGCUUGGCUUCACUGCGCAGUCAAUCGUACAGUGGAGCAGUGCAGCCUGCGUCACCCAGCCAACAGUCACAGAAUCUAGUACCAGCACAGCAACUACGACGAAUCAGAUCUUCUAAUGUAAUCAAUGGAGUGGCCCAAGGCAGGGUCAUGAAAUCUACGCCCGGUUCGGCACAGCGAUCCCCUAUGAGCUGGACCUUUGCAGACGCCAUGCACGCCAACCAGAGACAUGCUCAAAUCUCCAUGUCCGGCAAUCUCGCUCCUCCGACACCAUUAUCGCCCAAUAGUCGACAGGAGCAGUCUCGACCGCAGUUCCCACCCUGGCAAAGCUCUGGCAACUUCAGUACGCAGACAAGCAUCAGCGAAAGUGACGCUGAGCAAAGCAACGCCAAUGUCGACAGCACCGCGCAACCACAAGCAUUCACUUCUCCACCACAUACCCCGAUGUAUCACCAUCACCACCAGACGGGACAAAGGAUCGGCAACACUGUCAUUACUGAGAACACGCCUCCACAGUCCGCCCCAGCGGUGCAGACUUCCUUUCCCGCCACUGCCUUCAUGCCCCCACCACCUCAGCCGCUUCCCUCAUCUGGCCAGUUUCAACAAGUUCAGCAGGGCUAUUCACAAGCACAUCAUCAGCAGUUCAUGAAUGUGUCCAUGCCAGAACAACCAAUGCACAUGCCGGCGUCGCAUUAUGCUCCCGCGCAGCAUUUCAUGGUUCCCGCCUCGGAGGCCCCACAACUACCCAUGUCGUUCACGAACGGCGUGCCGAUCGUCAACCCGCAAGGCCAGCUGACAAUGGCCUAUCCCCCACAGAUGCAACACAUGCAGUACGUGUCACAUUCAGCCGGCCAGCCCCCUCAGUCUGCCCAACAGUAUAGCUUCGUGGCUAAUGCAUGCCCACCACCUGGAAUGCACGUCACCUCGCAAUUGCCGAAGCAGAAUCAGCCACCCACUGAGUUCUUCGUGCACGAGUAUAGUCCUCCCUCAGAAGUAAAAGGAGCAGCCACUCCGCGGAAAGCAACGAUCGACAAUGGCCCAAAGAACUACACAUUCGUUCUCGUAGAAUCGGACAAGGCCAAAAAGGGUGACGGCAAAGCUGGCACGGCGUCCAGCAGUCCAGCCAGCGCCGCUUCUUGAGCGCAAAAUAUCUUCCCACUCUCAUACGCGAGCUCUCCAGCUUGCCGAGCAGAUCACGAGGAGAUCCAACCCGCGCAACCGAUGUUGCAAUUCUUUUUUGGUCUGAUUUAGCGAUUUGGUUGAUAUUGCUGUGGAAAUGGGAUGAGCUGGAAUAUCGAUAUGACACCACCCACGUGCGGGCAGACAGCGCCCCUACCCGCAAAAGCACAUAAUGACCGAAAUGUUGCGAGUGAUUUAACAGCAACUACGAGAGUUCUAUGGACAGAAAGACGUACGUAUUUAUGAAGAUUGGGAUAUACGGAUAAUCCUUGUAAUUCUAGCAUGACACAGAUCAUGGCG